CACCCAGCACAGCACAGCAACUCCACACUCCGCCAGUCGCGAGCCGCAGCUACGCGUCGCGUCGCAUCGCACGCAUCCCCCCUGCCCUGCCCUCCCUCGUCGUCUUCCUCGCCCCGCCCCGCCCCCAACUAGACACACCGUACCGCCAGGUUUUUGCUUUAUGCUGGUUCAUGUGUCGACAGGCAAUGGACUAAUUGCUGGCCUGUCUCUCUGAUUCGCCAUGGGAAGCAGUGGAGCUGAUACACCGUCUAAGACAAGCAAGGCAUCUGCCCCACAGGAACAACAGCCACCUGCUACCUCAGGUGCUGCAACACCGGCUGUUUACCCAGAUUGGUCCAGCUUCCAGGCAUAUCCUCCAAUCCCACCACAUGGGUUCUUCCCUUCACCUGUGGCAUCAAGUCCACAGGGUCAUCCUUACAUGUGGGGAGCUCAACCUAUGAUCCCACCAUAUGGAACACCGCCGCCACCAUAUGUCAUGUACCCUCCUGGAGUAUAUGCUCACCCUUCUAUGCCCCCGGGUGCACAUCCAUUCACUCCUUAUGCCAUGACUUCUCCAAAUGGCAAUGCUGAUGCUACUGGAACUACUGCAGCAGCUGGUGAUACUGACGGGAAGCCCUCUGAAGGCAAAGAUAAAAGUCCAACAAAAAGAUCCAAAGGAAGUUUAGGUAGCUUGAACAUGCUUACUGGGAAGAAUCCCACCGAACAUGGUAAGACCUCAGGAGCAUCAGCUAAUGGAGCCACUUCUCAAAGUGGGGAAAGUGGGAGUGAAAGUUCAAGUGAAGGGAGCGAAGGAAAUUCUCAGAAUGAUUCACAUCACAAGGAAAGUGGACAUGAACAGGAUGGAGAUGUUCGAAGUUCCCAGAAUGGUGCAUCACGCUCACCAUCUGAGGGAAAAUUAAACCAGACUAUGGCAAUCAUGCCAAUGCCAUCAAGUGGCCCAGUACCUGGUCCAACUACAAACCUCAAUAUAGGGAUGGAUUAUUGGGCCAACACAGCAAGCUCCACACCUGCAAUUCAUGGCAAAGUGACCCCGACUACAGUUACGGGUGCUGUGGUCCCAGCCGAGCAGUGGAUACAGGAUGAACGCGAACUCAAAAGGCAAAGAAGGAAGCAGUCCAAUAGGGAGUCGGCACGCAGAUCUAGGUUGCGUAAACAGGCUGAGUGUGAAGAGUUAGCUCAACGUGCUGAUGUUUUAAAGCAGGAAAAUGCUUCACUUAGAGAUGAAGUUAACCGUAUCAGAAAAGAGUAUGAGGAACUUCUAUCAAAGAAUAACUCACUAAAGGAAAAAAUUGAAGGCAAACAACACAAAACUGAUGAGGCAGGACUUAACAACAAGCUGCAACAUUCUGGCGAUGACAGCCAGAAAAAAGGAAACUAAUUGAGCUAUCAUGCAAUGCUCGCAUGGCAUGGCCCUAACUAGAUUAUUGGGAGGCGCAAUUGUAGUAUGCGUAUUAACUCCUUACUUUAUUGCAGUUAAUUGUUACCAGGUUGUGAUAAUGUUAAUGCCAACCUUGUGUGUGGGUGGUUCCUGUUCCAGAUCUAUCUUGGCUUAUCUUUUAGAAGUCAAGAUGUGACUGAAGAAGUAGGUUGUGACCCAGUUCACUGUAUCUGUUAGAAAUAGUGGAUAAACUCAAAUUUACAAAUUUGUAUUGCUGACUAGUACUGUUAUGUAUACCUGGCAAAAGACUGGUUUCUUUUAAUUCAAUCAGGUUGAGCAUUUUGCUGGGCUUUCGUUUC